AUGAGCUCAGCGCACCCCAAGAUUGCCAUUGUCGGCGGCGGCCCCGGAGGCCUUACUCUUGCGCUGGUGCUUCAUCAACACGGCGUUCCAGCCACUGUCUACGAGCUGCGCCAACGUCCUACCGAGGAGGAGCUCGAUCUACCUUCUGGAAGCCUUGACCUUCAUGAAGAAUCCGGUCUCAAGGCUAUUCAGGCGUGUGGCCUCUUGGACACAUUUUUCGCUUACACGAGCGACUGCUCCGAGGCCUGGAAGAUUAUUAACGCCGCAGGCGUUGCCCUCUACACCGACGAGGGCAGCAGCAACCGCCCUGAGAUAGCGAGACACCAGCUUAUGCGCCUGCUUCUGUCAAAAUUACCAGACGAUAAGAUCAAAUGGGGCAGCAAGAUUAGCUCCGCGGAGCGCGUCGGCGACGGAAAGACGAAACUUGAUUUUGGCGACCACGCUGAAGUCUUUGACGUGGUGGUUGGCGCAGAUGGCAGCUGGUCGCGGAUCCGACCGCUCGUGUCUGACGCCAAACCAGAGUACACGGGGUUGCAGAAUCUUACUCUUACGAUCACCAACUUGCCAGAGCGCUAUCCAGAAUUGGCACAUUUCUGUGGCGACGGAACUAUGUGCGUUCUGGAGGACGGCGACGGCAUCAUUAUGGGCCAGCGCGGGGUAAGACAGUCGGAGCGCCUGUACAUCACCAUGGCCUCUGCCCACGAAGACUUUGCGGAGCGCGAAAAAGUCCACGACAUGGACGCCGACGCACUACAUCAAUAUCUUGUGACGACAUAUUCUCUCUACAAGACGUUUGCCGACAUGCCCAAAAAACUCAUCAAGGCAGCCUGCGACGACAGCGCAGCCCCGGUAAACCGUGGCGCUACGACCAGAUACGACCUACGCCCGUUUUACAAGCUCCCCAUCGGCCACCACUGGAAGUACGUGCCUGGUAUCACCAUCAUUGGAGAUGCAGCCCAUCUCAUGACGCCCUAUGCGGGCGAGGGUGUGAACCUGGCCAUGCGCGACGCUCUCGAUGUUGGCGCAGCUGUCGCGGAGGCAUGGCAGAUUAACCACACGGACAUUGUCGCAUUUCAGAAGGCGUUGGCCCUGUUACUCGAAGCAGUCGAGGCGCAAAUGCAAACUCGAGCCGGGGAAAAAGCGGAGGAGACAGAGAGCAACAGACAGUUGCUAUUUGGUGAAGAUGCCGCGCAGAAAUUCGCGACGUUGAUGAAGGGUGACGGAGAAAAAGCUACACGUUGGGUAGCGUUAAGAAAAAAGAUAAUGAAAAUUGGUAUAUAG